GAAGCCAUGCCUUCACAAGAACAUCCCUUCAAAUCCAUUACCCUUUUAAUCCCACCACCAAACAGCAAGAACACAGGGUUUCCAAAUGGGUAUCAUGGCAAACCCAAUGGCUGCUCACCACCAAAAAUCGCCUUCAUUCUCUGUUCUUCCUUCUUCACUUUCCGACUUCCAUGGCGCCAGACUCCACGCCCAAGUUCAGUAUAAGAGGAAGGUUAUGCAGCCAAAAGGGGCAUUACAUGUUACAGCAAGCGCCAAGAAGAACAUCCUUGUAAUGGGUGGCACCAGAUUCAUUGGUAUAUUCUUGUCUAGACUUCUUGUCAAAGAGGGCCAUCAGGUGACUUUGUUUACAAGAGGAAAAGCGCCCGUUACGCAACAAUUGCCCGGCGAGUCGGAUGCAGAUUAUGCUGAUUUUAAAUCCAAGGUUCUACAUUUGAAGGGAGACAGAAAAGACUUUGAUUUCGUGAAAUCAAGCCUCUCGGCUGCAGGGUUCGAUGUCGUUUACGACAUAAAUGGGCGAGAAGCAGUUGAAGUUGAACCAAUUUUAGAUGCAUUGCCUAAGCUAGAGCAGUUUAUAUACUGUUCUUCAGCUGGUGUUUACCUCAAAUCUGAUCUCCUACCUCACUUUGAGGUAGACGCAGUCGAUCCAAAGAGUCGACACAAGGGAAAGCUCGAGACCGAGAGCUUACUGGCAUCGAAGGACGUUAACUGGACAUCUAUAAGACCAGUCUACAUCUAUGGACCAUUGAACUACAACCCUGUGGAGGAAUGGUUCUUCCACCGGUUGAAAGCCGGUCGCCCCAUUCCGAUACCCAACUCGGGCAUUCAAAUUACCCAACUUGGUCACGUCAAGGAUUUGGCAACAGCUUUUGUUCAAGUUCUUGGUAAUGAAAAGGCAAGCCAGCAAGUAUUCAAUAUCUCUGGUGAAAAAUAUGUGACAUUUGAUGGGUUAGCCAAAGCUUGUGCAAAGGCUGGAGGCUUUCCCGAGCCCGAGAUCGUCCACUAUAACCCGAAGGAGUUCGACUUCGGAAAAAAGAAGCCAUUCCCUUUCCGUGAUCAGCAUUUCUUUGCGUCGGUUGAGAAAGCGAAGAGCGUGCUCGGGUGGAAGCCCGAGUUCGAUUUGGUCGAAGGACUUACCGACUCCUACAACUUGGACUUUGGCCGAGGCACUUUCAGGAAAGAGGCUGAUUUCUCAACGGAUGACAUAAUCCUUGGCAAGAGCCUCGUUCUUCAAGCUUGAGGCGUCGUUCUCUUUUGUUUUUUACCCGAUCUAAACGGGUUUAUCGACAGAUCUCGGGUCGAGAUAUCGAUUUAAAUUUGCAUGUAUGUAGAGAUUUGUUUGAGUUUUUGCUCUAGUUUCAUCAAGUGGCAAGCAAUUUGUUCAUAUUUUUCUA